UCAACAGCCAUGAUUCGAGCCAUCGUUCUUCUGACUAUCUGCGUCGCUACCGUUUACUGCAGCGGUUACAGACCUGGUGGUGGUCACAUCGGCGGGGGCCGAAUCGGUGGUGGACGUCUUGGACGUCUUGGGGGAGGGUUAGAUGGUAUCAUUGGUGGUGGCAGCCAGUGGUCCGAUUCCUGGCAGUCUGGUAGCCAUGGAGGUCUCGGAGGUCGUAUUGGAGGUGGUCUUGGAGGACACGGAAGGAUCAUUGGAGGAGGUCAAGGACGGAUUAUUGGAGGAGGCCGCGGCUAUGGAGGAAAUGGAUGCGGACCUUACGGAUGUGGUGGACAUUAUGGACGAAAAUAA